AUGGCCGCCGAUGUGGGAUCGAUGUUUCAAUAUUGGAAGAAAUUUGAUCUACGGCGGCUUCAGAGGGAGCUAAACUCAGUAGCGUCUGAGCUGGCGGGGCGACAGGAAGAGAGCGAGCACUCCCACAAGCACCUGGUGGAGCUGAGCCGUGAGUUCAAGAGAAAUGUCCCAGAGGAAGUGCGGGAGAUGGUGGCUCCUGUCCUCAAGAGUUUCCAAGCCCAGGUGGUUGCUCUGAACAAGCGCAGUAAGGAGGCAGAGUCUGCAUUCCUGGGAAUCUACAAGCAGCUUAUCGAAGCCCCAGACCCAGCUCCCGUGCUGGAGGCCACACACACCCUGGAGGAGAGGCUGCAGCAGCUGCAGAGUUCGGCCCCAGACAGUGAGGCCCUGGUCAGGGAGAUCAGCAGGCACUGGAGGAGACACCUGGAGUGCCUUGACAAGCCAGACGACACAGAGGAAGGCCCAGCAGCAGUCUCAGGAGCUGGGGAGGCAUCGAGCCGGACAGCCUGCGUGAUGACUCCCAACAGCAAACAGGCCUUCAGAGCCACAGGCUCACCUCAGCAGAACCACCAGAUCCAGAGCCAGACAGAGGGGGAGGUCGAAGACACAGAUGCCACUCUGGCCGACAGACUGGGUGAAGCCGAGGAGAGGAUCAAAGUGCUGCAUUCAUCUCUGAGUACAGCCCAGACAGACCUGCUGGACCUGCGGUGUAAAUACGACCAGGAGAAGGCCAACAAGGCGGAGGAGGUCAGCGUGAUCAUGACCAACCUUGAGAAGGCGAACCAGAAAGCGGAGAUGGCCCAGAGGCAGGUGGAAAGGCUAAAGGAACAGCUGGCCAGUGCCCGGAGCACCACCCCAGGCAGCUAUAAUCCACCAGAGGGCACUAGUGGGGAGAGGGAUGAGAAGGGCGAUGUGUUGCCAUCCAAGUUGGAGGCUAAGCUGAUUGCUAAAGACCGAGAGAUCCUCAGGCUGUUGGAGAACGUACAGAGACUGCAGUUCGCAUUACAGGAAGUCCAGGACAUCUCAGCCAAUCAGAUCAUAUCGCUGGAACGCCAGCUGGCCUAUAAAACAGAAUCUAUUGAGAGAUUAGAAGCUAAACUGCAAUCCCAGAUGGACUAUGAAGAGAUUAAAACAGAACUCAGUAUCCUGAAGGUAAUGAAGCUGGCCUCAGCGAAUGGUAGCUCGUCCCAGAACUCUGCCAAGGCUGCAGAGGCUCUUUUGCUGGACAAAGAGGCCUUUCUUCCCUCUCACAAAUACCUGAUGGAUAAGGCCAGAGUCUUACGCAACAAUGAUGAGGACCAAUCGGAGGAGUCAGGCAGGAAGGGGGGCAGGCCCACAGGGUCCUUCUCCUCAGUCUCCCAGGUGGAUGAGCGUACCUCGGCCAGCCCUGGUCCUCCCACCAUGGACAUCUCCUCCUCUAGCCACGACCUCCCCCGCCCCUUUUCUGUGUCCCCCUGCUCAGGGGGCAGGCUGUCUGCGGACCACGUCCUCCACAAGCAGCUCCUCUGCUCUCCACUCUUCAAGAAGGAAGCCGGCAGCCCCAUCAUGGCCUUCCCCACCGCCCUGUACGCAGCCAAAGCCGCCCUAAUGUCAACCAAUCAGGGACCUGCAGGGGCUGGGGGCAUUGAGGCCGGCCUGCCCAGCGACCAAUCAGAGAGUGGGAGCUCCACCGCGGGCGAUGAUGACCAGUUGGAGACAGCGGAUAUUGCCUUCCAGAUCAAAGAGCAGCUGCUGAAGCACAACAUUGGCCAGCGUGUGUUUGGUCACUACGUGCUGGGCCUAUCACAGGGCUCGGUCAGUGAGAUCCUGGCCCGGCCCAAGCCCUGGAGGAAGCUGACAGUGAAAGGCAAGGAGCCAUUCAUCAAGAUGAAACAGUUCCUGUCUGAUGAACAGAACAUCCUGGCCCUCAGGACCAUCCAGGUCCGACAGAGAGGGAGCAUCACUCCUCGCAUCCGAACUCCUGAAACUGGGUCAGACGACGCCAUCAAGAAUAUCUUGGAGCAGGCCAAGAAGGAGAUCCAGUCCCAGAGAGGAGGUGACAUUAAGUCAUCCCUGGGCAGCCCCUCAGGCAGGAGCAUUAACGGGGCGGGCGGCAGCUCAGAUGACACCAUCAAGAACAUCCUGGAGCAGGCCAGGAGGGAGAUGCAGGCGCAGCAGCAGGCCCUGAUGGAGAUGGAGGUCUGUAGCAGGGCCUCGGCCACCACCACUGGGUCCCAAGUGAAGCGCCUGGGGCUCCCUGAGCCCUCCAAGGGCCUGCCCCUACCCACCUUCAUCAAACAGGAGGAGGGGGGCACGGUGACCGUGUGCAUGGCCAACCCCGUCAGCAGCCCCCAAACCCCCCUCAGUGUCAUCUCCCCCGCCGCCUUCGUCCAGAACAUCAUCCGUAAAGUCAAGUCGGAGAUCGGCGAGGCAGGGAUUUACUUCGACCAGCACUGGUCCGUGGAGCGGGGGCCCAUAGGCAUGGUGGGCGGCGUAGGGGGCAGCAGCUCUCGGCCCUUCACCUCAGUGUCUCCCUCCCUGUCCUCCUCCUCGUCCUCGGGCCCCUCGGCUCUGCCCCGGCCCCAGUUGGAGAACGGAGAGUGUCUGCCCAACAGUGAGGAGGCGUCUGCGGCCGAGGAGGACACUGGCUCGGGGAUGAUGCAGUCUGUGGAGGUGAAGGUGGAGUCAGACGUGUCAGUGAGCGGAGAGUCGACCGGCCCUGGCCGUGGCCUGGCCUACUACCCAUCAUACAUCCCCCGCACCCUGAAGCCCACCGUGCCGCCACUGACGCCCGAACAGUAUGAGAUGUACAUGUAUCGCGAGGUGGACACCAUCGAACUCACCCGACAGGUCAAAGAGAAGCUGGCCAAGAAUGGCAUCUGUCAGAGGAUCUUUGGUGAAAAGGUGCUGGGUCUGUCUCAGGGCAGUGUGAGUGACAUGCUAUCUCGGCCCAAACCCUGGAGCAAGCUGACCCAAAAAGGCAGGGAGCCCUUUAUCCGCAUGCAGCUGUGGCUGCUGGACCAGCUGGGACAAGGACUCACCCAGCUCCCCAGCCAGAGCCUCUCUCAAGAUAAAAGCCCAGUGACGGCCCAGUCGUCGCCCUCCCCGCCCCCCAGCCCAGAGGAGAGCCACCCCAGCCCACUGGUGGAGCCUGUCAGCCUGACCCUGGAGAGCAGCAAGGAGAACCAGCAGCCUGAGGGCCUAGUGGCCCCCCGCCCAGAGGGAGGGAAGUCCACCCCCAGUCUGCUGUCCCUCCACCAGCCCCACACCCCGCUGGGCAUCCAGGAGCUGGUGGCCAUGUACCCAGAGUUGGACACAUACGCUAUCACCAAGAAAGUCAAGGAGGUACUAACAGACAACAACUUAGGCCAGCGGCUGUUUGGGGAGAGUAUACUGGGCCUCACCCAGGGCUCAGUGUCAGACCUGCUCUCCAGGCCCAAGCCCUGGCACAAACUCAGCCUCAAAGGCAGGGAGCCUUUCGUCCGCAUGCAAUUGUGGCUCAACGACCCGCACAAUGUGGACAAGCUGAGGGACAUGAAGAAGAUGGAGAAGAAAGCCUAUCUGAAGCGGCGGUAUGGGCUGCUGAGUACCGGCUCAGAUAGUGACUCUCCCAGCGCACGCUCUGAGUGUGUGAGCCCGGCCCUGGCCUCCAUAGACCUGUGUCCCUACAGCCAGGUGAAGAAGCCCAGGGUGGUGCUGGGGGCUGAGGAGAAGGAGGCUCUGAGGAAGGCCUACCUCCUGGAGCCAUACCCCUCCCAGCACACCAUCGAGAUGCUGGCCUCCCAGCUCAACCUCAAAACCAAUACAGUCAUUAACUGGUUCCACAACUACAGCAGGUCCAGGAUGCGACGAGAGGUCCUCAUGGAGGGUCUCCAGGACAACGACACGGACGCAGAACACCACAGCUACUCUCCCUCGGCCACACAGAGCCCCACCUCAGAUGGGGAUGAGAGGGGGCUGCUGCACCCCUCUGGACGCACCCACCCCAUCCGUCCCCUCAGCGCCAACACACCACUGCCUCAUGUCAAACAGGAGGACGAGGGAGAGGAGGAGGAGAGGGACGGCUACAUCAGACAGUCUAAGAUCCAGUGUUUCUCUAUGGGCGUCCAGUUCCCUCAGUUGAAAACAGAGCAUGAGGACCUGAUAGGUGGCUGCCAAGAGCUCCACCUGGCUCCACACUAUCCUCAGAGCCUGAGGCAGGAAGAAGGGAUGAGUAGCCAGGCUCAGGGGCUCUUCCACGGGGCGCUCUCCCUAGAUGGCCCCCAGAGAGCCAGUCAGUCCAGGCAUGAGGGUGACAACUCCAGCAAGUCUCCUGUGGACCCGGUCAGUUUCAAGGCAUCAUCGGUGCCCUGCCGCAGAAGCCUGGAGGUCUCCCUCAAUUCCCCCUCCGCUGCCUCCUCACCCGGCCUCAUGAUGUCUGUGUCCCCUGUCCCGUCUUCCUCUACACCCAUCUCCCCAUCCCUGCCCAACCCACCUACCACAAGCACCAACCACAGCCUGGACCCUAACCCCCUGCCUCCCAUCCAGAGCCCCAAGCCCAACAGGAGUGUUCAGAGACGCACCGAGAAAAUGGCCAACCUCAACAACAUCAUCCAUAGGCUGGAGAGAGCAGCUAACCGGGAGGAGACCCUGGAGUGGGAAUUUUAGGCCCCACCCUCCCUCCACAUUUCCUCAGUCCUGCUGACUCACACCGCACAUGGGAGACUAUCAAAGAGAAGCUUCCGGAACACAUGGAGUGGAGCCUGGCUCCUCAAGGCCUGUCCUCCCUGUCUGAUCACACUAAAUAAAUACCCCUCUUAGGAAAACAGGGGGAACCAGAGCUUAACUCUUACAGACAAAUUCCCUUAGAGGACUUUUAGAAAAUAAAAAAUAUUUAUAAAUGUGUUUGAGGUUUUUUGAUAAUGGAUACUACUUUGAAAUAUAUGUAACAGCACUAGCUGUUGUUUUACUUAAUGGACUCUGACGUAAAGACUUUUGCAGCUAUGGUGUCAUGAAAUGUACACUGAAGUUCUGUAGAUUGCCACUGGGUGAGAUUAAAAAAGACCGCUGUCUUAAGCCAUCAAAAGCACUAUAAUUAUUUAAAAAGAGACGCUGACCAAAUUUGCUACUUUUUGAAUAGCAAUUUUUCAGAUUUUGUCUGUAAGACAGGACAGUUUAAGUCAAGUAAUGUGAAAUUCUACUACUGACUGAGAGAUAGUCCUUUAAGACUCUAAAUAUUCAACAUCUCGUAUGUUCUUGGUUGUAUGUUUUGAAACAUUUGUAACACAAACGUAUAAAGUGUGGUUGUACAUGUUGUAGAAUUGUCUGCAAUAGCCUUCUGAACCAGAUGUAGCAUGGUACUUAACUGACCCUGUUAUCCUCUAUAGUUAGUCACCUGUGAUAUACUUGAGCAAAAAUGAGUGGAAAAACAAAAAAAAUCUGCAAAAUAUAAGAAAGGAACUGUAGAAUCUAUUUAGUGUAUUUUUAUUUUUUAUCAUUGAGGUUUACAGUUUUGGACCCUUGUGUACUAGGCAGUAAGUGAAACUCACUACACAUGAGCACAGUUUACAUUAUUUAUUUCAGACCUCUCUCGUCCUCUAAAUCACUGGUUUCAGACUAACGGGCCAAUGCACACCUGGUUACCUCAGUUUAUGUUGAUGCACAUCAUGUGAUGAUUGCGUGGUCAUUCCCAUCAUUCACACUCAUGACCUUCCAACCUUUGAAUAAAUGGAUUAAGAUAUGUUUGAAUUAUGUCUCAGACAGCAAUAGAACCUGAUAAUCUUCUAGUGAGGAGUCACAGGCAAACAUGAGCAUUCUUUAAAGACCACAUUAAGAACCCCUGCUCUUGGAUUACAAAGGACAAAAUGCUUCAUCCUCUACUCCCUUCCUCUCCAUCCUCAUUCUGUCCUCUCAGAGACUCAUGUUGUUCCUCCUGCAUUCAUGUAUAUCUUGUUCUUCCACAGAGAUAACACAUUACUUAUUAAGUUGAAAUAAGAGAAAUUGACUGUUAGAUUGGGGCCCGAGAAUGUAAUGUUUACUGUAGCUCCGAUUCAGGCCUUCUGUGUGUAACACCUAGCCUUUAGCUCAGUGGGCAAACACAGUCUUGAGUCAUUCAAACAACUCUGAUUUGAUUACGUGGCGGAAACAAACUGUAGAAAGAAAUAAUGCACUAUAGAGCACUGACAAGUCCCUCUGUUUGGCUCUAUCUGACUGGAAUAAGAAUCUGAAAGCAUGGAAAUUAAUCCUGAUGGAAAGAACAUGAUACAGUACGACCAACAUUUGACUACAUUGAAUUCUGUUAGAAAAUACGUUCUAUGACACAAAAUGGAAUUGAUUGUCUCAUUAUCCUUGCCGUUGGCCACUACUGUAUUGAAUACAUUAGUUUUGUCAUGCUUGCAGUUCGUUAUAAUCCUUCUGUAUUUUCAUUCUGUUUUGUACUCUGAACAAAUGUAUUAGAUCUUCAAUACCUUGUAUGAACUACUUACAGCACUUAGAUUUAAAUAAUUGUGAGGAUUCAAGAAAAUUAUCCUAACUUUUAGUGUCCACAAGUGAGUCUUUGCCUUUACUGUAUCGUUGAAGUUGGUAGUAAACAUUGUCUUACUAGUGCAGAGGAUUUGGAUUGUAUAUGUAUAGAUAUAUAAAUAUUACACAUUUACUGAAAAUGAUAUCUUACGCUAUUGAACAAAAUGUGCUGACUAUAUUGAAAUAUGGUGUACAGAUUUAUUAAAGGGAUAGUUCACCCAAAUUACAAAAUGACAUUGUUUCCUUACCCUGUAAGCAGUCUAUGGACAAGGAAUGACAGCAAUCAAUGCUUUGGUUUUAUUUCCCUGGCACUGUUUCCACAUGCUAACAUUUUAGUAUUUGUGGCACAAAUCCCAUUCAAGUCAUGCUACCGAUAUUAACAUUUUCGCACAACAUGUUCAAAUCAUCUAAAAGCAGGCGUGCAAGAAAGGCAAGAAAAUGAAUUUCACUGUACUUGUGCACGUGACAAUAAAACUUGAAACUAUAA